AUGCUGUCUCAAAAUUGCGUGCACGUAGGGGACCCUCUGUCCCUAGAACGCAUUCGAUCAAUCCUGAUCCGCCUGGAAGAUACCAUUAUCUUCGGACUAAUAGAACGAGCGCAGUUUGCACACAAUGCCAAGAUGUACGUCAAUGGUGGGAUCCCUGAGCUUAAAGAAAAAGGCAUCGAAGGCAGCUGGCUUGGAUGGUUUUUGAAAGAGAUCGAGACUUUCCAUGCCAAGGCCCGCAGAUACACGAGCCUCGAUGAAUAUCCAUUCACAUCUAACCUCCCAGAGCCUGUCCUUCCUCCUCUUGCGUUCCCAAAAAUCUUGUACAAAAACAACGUCAACGUCAACCCUUCCAUCCUCUCCUUCUAUACCCGCUUCAUCGUUCCUCGCAUAACACAGCGAGCAACUAUUGCACUCUCUGCACUCAAGCGCUCCAAUGGAAUCGUCGGUGGAGACGAGUGCGAAGACGAUGCCAACUAUGGCAGUGCAGCAACUAUAGAUGUAGAAAUCUUGCAAGCUAUCAGCAAGCGUGUGCAUUAUGGGAAAUUCGUGGCAGAAUCCAAAUUCCGGGACCACCCCGCCGCGUUCGUCCCCCACAUCCGUAGUCGCAACGCAGCAGAACUAGAAGAACUGAUCAUGAGGCGAGACGUAGUUCAGAAGCUACUCACGCGGCUCCGAAGGAAGGCCGCGACAUAUGCUCAGGAAUUUGGGCCUGACGGCGAGCCCAUUGCCAACUCGCAUUUGAAUGGCAAUGCAAAGGUGGACGUGGACGGCGUUGUUGAGCUGUACGAGAACUACAUCAUCCCUCUCACGAUUGAGGUCGAGGUCGACUAUCUCCUUCAGAGAUUGGACGGAUUGGGUGAAGCAGAAGUAGAGGAGCUUAUGAGGACCAAGCCAAAUUGA